AUGGAUUUAUCUGGUGACCCGAUUGAUUAUAGCAGCCCCUAUGUUAACUAUAGAUCACCUUUGAGUACUCGCUAUGCAAGCAAAGAAAUGCAGUACAAUUUUAGUGACCAAAAAAAGUUUUCUACUUGGCGAAAACUAUGGGUUAAUCUGGCAAAAGCUGAAGCUCAAUUGGGAUUGAAUAUUACAGAUGCCCAAAUAAAGGAAAUGGAGAAAAACAUAUUUAAUAUUGAUUUUAAUGCAGCUGCAGCUGAAGAGAAGUUAACUCGCCAUGAUGUAAUGGCCCAUGUUCAUAUAUUUGCCAAACAAUGUCCACUAGCUGCCCCAAUAAUUCAUCUUGGAGCCACCUCUUGUUUUGUUGGUGAUAACACAGAUUUAAUAGUUCUUAGGGAUGGCCUGGACUUAUUACUUCCGAGGAUUGUAUUUGUUAUCCACAAUUUAAUGAAGUUUUGUGAAAAAUAUAAAAAUUUACCUUGUCUAGGUUAUACACAUCUUCAGCCUGCUCAAUUAACUACAGUUGGUAAGCGAGCAACGCUUUGGUUAUAUGAUUUUCUUAUGGAUGAAAGAGCUAUUGCAAGGAUUCGAGAUGAUUUACGAUUCAGAGGAGUCAAAGGAACUACUGGUACCCAAGCAUCUUUUAUGCAACUUCUAAAUGAUAGCAAUAAGGUGAGAAUGCUGGAUCAGAGAGUAGCAGAAUUAUCAGGAUUUCAAAAAGUAUAUCCAGUUACAGGACAAACUUACACUCGAAAAGUUGAUUUAGAAGUAGUAGGUGCAUUAUCUUCCUUGGGUUCUUCAAUUCAUAAGAUGUGUAAUGAUCUUAGAUUGUUAGCUAACUUCAAGGAAAUUGAAGAACCUUUUGAGACUAGUCAGAUUGGGAGCUCUGCUAUGCCAUACAAAAGAAAUCCUAUGAGGUCAGAGCGUUGCUGUGCAUUAGCAAGACAUAUGAUAUCACUAUUUUCUAAUGCUGUAAAUACUCAUUCUGUUCAGUGGUUAGAACGGACUCUAGAUGAUUCAGCUAAUAAAAGGUUGACUCUAUCUGAAGCAUUUCUAAGUGCAGAUGCAGCAUUAAUAGUGUUAACAAAUAUAACUCAAGGCCUUAUGGUAUAUCCUAAGGUAAUAGAAAAAAGAAUCAAUCAGGAACUUCCAUUUAUGUCUGCUGAAAAUUUAAUAAUGGCUAUGGUCAAAAAGGGAGGUGAUAGACAAAUAUGCCAUGAGAAAAUUAGAGUACUGUCUCAAGAAGCAGGAGCUCAAGUUAAACAACAUGGUAAAGACAAUGAUUUUCUAGAUAGAGUGCGGGCUGAUCCAUAUUUUAGCCCAAUAAUAGAUGAACUACAAUCACUUCUUGAUCCUUCUAGUUACAUUGGAAGAUCGCCAGAGCAAGUUACUGAGUUUAUUAAUGAUGAAGUUCAACCAGUUUUAUACAAAUAUAAAGAUGUUCUGAAUAAGCAAACUACUGUUAGUCUCAAUAUUUAGUUAAAUAAUUAAUUUGGGAUUAUUAUGAAUAUAAUGUAAAAAUAUUUUGCUAUUUUUAAAUAUAUUUUAGAUAUUGUUAUUAUAUAGAAUACAAUGACUAAAAACCAGAAUAAUACCUGUUGUAAUACUUAAUUGAAAAUAAAUUCAUUUAUCCAAACAAUACUAGACAGGCAGCUAGACUGCAGAUCAUAAGCAAUUGGAUUUUUUAUGUGAGGUAAUAUCAGACUAAAACAUAUACCAAACUGGCCACUAACAGACUCAAAUAAUGGAAUAAAAAAUUUCACCUUCAACUCCAAACAUUACAGUUGAGUUUUAUAUGACUCUGAUAUCGCUAAUAAUUAUCCUAAUGUUAUUAAAAUUCAAAUAUUAAUAUUGUCCAAAUUCCAUCUUUAUUCACAGUAAAUCAUAGAUAAUGCAGUCUAUUGAAAUUGUGUUAUUAAAAUAUAAUUAUAUUAUUUGUGUUUAGUUUUUAUAACUUUAUGGAAAAAUGAUCAAAAUAAUUUCAUAAUCAUUAGUGAUUUCCUCAUUGAAUAUCAAUACAUCAAAUUUGGAAUUUAAUUUUAUAAAUUUUUGAGUUUUGCUUUGUAAAAUUUAGUUUUUUUGGAUUGUAAUGCGAGUUCUACUCAGGCCAUUGUUGAAUUUUUAUAUUUUCAUUGACAUUUUUUGUGAAAUUUUUUUGUGUCCUUGUGAUCUUUUUGACAUUAUUAUUAUUCUUGUGUCUUCACAUCAAUUUUUAUGCGCUCUUUAACUAGAAAAAAAUGAAUCAUAGUCAAGUAAAUGUCCUUUGAUUGUAAAAAUAAAAAUUGAAAAACAAGAAUUACCUAGGUGAAGGAAAAUUAAAACAGCAACUUUAAAAUUAAAUUGUAUAUUUCAGUAUACAAAUUAUAAAAAAACAAACAAAUUCCAAUAUGAAAACUUUAAUAUUAGGAAGGACCAACAACUUUACAACCAUUUUUAUAUUUAACCAAAAGAAAUUUAAUGUGAUGACAUAAUAAUAAAUAUCAAUGGCAUGAAUUAUUUUGGUUGCUUUUAUAUUUUCUAGACAUGGUAUAAACACACACAUAUGUUAAAAAAAUAUAAUCUAUAAUGAAAUUUAUGAACUUACAUUAUUGCCACUCAAGACCAUCACCGUCAAUAUAUUACACUUUAUAAGGUGCUCUUUACAUGUAAAUAAUUAAUAAUAUUUAAUAAAUCUAUUGAGUGAUAAAAUACUAAAAAUUAAUCUAUCUAAGAAAGUGAAGGUUAGUUUGUUUGAUAAUUGUUAUUGUUUUUGUGAAAAGUGUUCAGGAAUGUGUGCUCAGAUCGAAACAAUUUUAGUUUCAGCAAACAAUAGUUUUCUUUAUAAAAAAAUUGUGACAAACCAUAAAAUGUGGUGGAAUUCAACUGUUUGAAACACUAAGAUAUGAAUGAUUUUGUAAUUGGUCGCCCCAAAAUGUAAAAAGUGUAGAAUGUUACCUGAAGUACAGGAUUUUAAAGAACUGAACAGAAAACCAGGACGAACUAUAAAACCGAUGUCUUGUCUAAACUAUAAGUGACAGGAAAUGAAUUGUUAACAGUAUGAGGAGUUCAUAGGCCAAUACAACAUGUCUGUUCGAUGGAGAGUCGUUAGAUUUGAGGUUCCUUUCACAAUAAUAAUAACAAUAUAUCCUUGUGGCAAAAAAUAGAAAUAAAAUUGGAAGCUACUAAAGUGGCUGAGUAGCUCGUUAAAGAGUUCU